AUAAAAAAGGUUUCUUCGUCUCUCACUUUGCUGGCCAGAAGAGUGAAAACCCUAACUACCAAGAGGACGAUGGCGGCAUCGAGCAUGAAUGCAUCUGGGAACGGCGGUUCAAAGAAACCAAAUGGGUUCAAGGAAUUUGUUGAAAGUCUAGCUGCUGUGAAGUCAGAUCUUAAAAACAUGAGUACGGAGGAGCUGCGUGAACUGAAAGAGCUGUUGAAAAAUGUGGUGCUUAGGGCGAGGGAAGAGCUGGAGAAGCGUAUGGAGCAGCCCUAAUAUGUCUCCGUUUGCUGGUUUAAUGUCUUCAUGGGUCGUUGAAAAUUAAGUAGUUAAUGACUGAUUAGUAUGUAAUGUCUUUGGCUUUACGGCCUCUAGUUGGAUCUAUAUAUGUUUAUUUUGAUUGAUGUUUGAUGUUUUCUUAUCUC